AUGCCUCCACCUAAACUUCUUUACACCACUGCUGAAGGCCGAAGGGUUUAUCCCUUUCGCCAAAAUAUUAAUGGUCGACAGUUAAGCGAACUUCACAUUGAUCCUCACUAUGAAGAAGAGCAUAGCGAAUAUAUGACUGAUGAAAUGAUUUAUAAAUUAGCCAAGCAGCUAGUCCAAGUAGAAAAAAGAUUUAUUCCCGAGGCCAGGGAAGUGACUUCUUGGGCAUUCGAACUUGCCAUCGCUAUCACAAAAAUGAUAAAAAAGAUAAUAAGGGGCUUGCCGGAAAAUGCUUCGCCCGAAGAAAGGUUAAAAUACCGCAUCGGAAAAGCAAUUUUAACUUACCAACAGGACAACCGAUUGACUCUAACCGAAGUAGCUCAUAAGUUAAACAUUAACGAAACUAAAUUUUAUGACCUUUGCCGAGGCCAAGUUAAUGCCUUUGCUUUAUCUGAUCUAGUGGCUUAUUUGGAAAAGCUAUCUCCACAACAAAUUAGUAAAAAAGAAUUUCUCUAUGAGCUUAAAUAUCGUAUCGAACAAGAAGAAAUAGCCGAAGAAGAGAUAAUCAUUCUUAUGCGAAAUUAUUUGCUAAAAGAGGAAGAAGAAUGA